UCGAAUCGAGAAAAGGAAAAUAAAAAAGGAAAAUUGUCUCACGCAGAACUCCCGUUUCGCCGUUCCCAUCGCUUGCUCUCGCCGGAAGCUCCUAAACGAUGACUACUCUCGGAAAUGCAUUUGUGUCCACCAGCAAUUCUCAAACCCAGUUAUCAUCAUCAGGUUUUACCUUGAAGUCAGCAGAGAAGUGUCUUGUGAAAAUCAACUCCACUAAUUUGUCUUUCAGUUCCGUUCCCCAGAGGAAAGCAAAAUUUCCAACUUAUAAAAGGUCACUUACAGUUCAAGCUGGGUACAGUGGAGAUGGCGGAAAGACAAGCAGUGCAAGCAGCUUCAUUGGUGGUUUUGUAUUGGGUGGGAUAGUGGUCGGAAUGCUAGGCUGUGUAUAUGCACCUCAGAUCAGUAAAGCACUAGCUGGUGCCGACAGAAAGGAUUUGAUGAAGAAGCUCCCAAAGUUUAUCUAUAAUGAAGAAAAAGCUCUAGAGAAGACGAGGAAGAUACUGGCAGAGAAGAUAGAACAGUUGAACUCUGCCAUUGACGACGUGUCUGUUCAGCUACGCGCAGAAGAUGCACCAAAUGGGGCUGCCGUGGGCUCAGAUGAAAUAGAAGCUGCUAUAUGACCAUAUGAGAAUGGUCUUGUUCACCUACGAUAUGAUUUUUUGUUAAACUACUAUCCCUGGACUGAGAUUUGCCAUCAGCUACCACCGGUAAUUUAACCCUUAACAUUCUCUUCAGUUCUGUACUUCUUUAUAUUGAUAAACAGUUUUUUGUCUACGAUGCAAGGAACCAAUAGUUUACCUGCAUGCAGCAUGUCACUGUGAGAACCCAGCUUUCGUUUUAGAACUGUCAUGUUAAGAGUGCUUUCCAUGCAUUUUGUGGUACUUUCAACCAUUUGGUAGAAGUCGUAUUCUUGAUUCAGUGGUUACUAUCA